CUCUCUUCCCUGUGACGUCACCAGUUGUUUACAAAAUCCGAAAUCCGAAAUGCCGCGACUGAGGGAAGAGGAAAUGCUGCAGCACAUCAUUAAAUACAUUGAUGUGCUAGAAUACCCAGGCAUGGAGACCCUAGAACCAAGCUGGGUGCAGUCAGUUCUCCUCACGGCAGGCGGUCCGAGGCUGAAUCUGCUGAUGUGGGUCCACGAGCAAUUCUCUCCUGCAGAGGCCGCAGAAGUGCAGGCAUUGCCCCAGACGCUGCAGAUGCAAAGAAUACUUCAGACAUUGUCAGCUUUGGGGGUUUGCCGCCAGGGAGAUACAGAAGUAAUUGAGGGCAAUGCACAGCCAGGGGCCCAGUACAAGUUUUGGCUGGGAUGCCUGGAGAGCAUCUACAACCUUCGCCGAUUCCCGCCCCUCCCUGCGCACCAGCACUCUGAGUCUUAUGCUACCGAUAGUCUUAUGGACCGGAUGUCCCAUUCGCCACACUUGCAGCUAAUUCUGAAGGAAGGUGGUGUGAACGUAGUCCCAGGGGAUCAGAGGGAAAAAUACCGUGCUUGGUGUAAAUAUGGCCAGCGCAUUCCCAUUUCUGAGUUGCUGGAAGAGACGGAAGAGAAACUCAGGGAGUGCCAGAAAAUGUACGAGGCAGUGGACAAUAGAUGGAAGGAUGAAUCGUCGUCCAAUCCAAAAGAACUGCAGACCAAUGUGUGCAGCAGCAUAGCUGAUCUGGGCAAACAGCAAGAACUACUGCAAGGUGUCUACAGCUCAUAUAUUGCUCCCUGGACAACUUCCACCCAGCAGUUGGAGCUGCCCAACACUGGUCCACUCAUUCAUGAAGCCAAUACAAAACUGGCUGCACUAACCAAGGUCUUGAAGGCGACACAGGAUGCGUCCAACAUAUGCGAGGAACUAGCUGAGAGAGAGAAGGCAAUCAUGCGACACUCCACACAGCCGUCUUCUGUAACCGCAACCCUGCAUACCCUUGUCAGCCAGUCCAGCACCAGCGUCAAUGCAGUCAGAUAAUUUCACCACCAGAUGUCAGUGCUGUUUGUGUACUCUAGACCUCAGAAGAUGCUGUUGAAUAUUUUUCUAUAUUAGCAUUUAUGUGGUUUCAUCUGAAAGUAUUGUAUAUAAUUUUUAUUCUCUUUCUUCUUUAUCUUCUGCAUCUUUGCAUUUUCCUCCCCAUACCUUUCUGUUCUUCACAUUUCUUCUUUCUUUCUCAUUUCUCCCAUCCUCCUCCUGCUCCAAGAUGUAUCUUCAUUUAAAUGAGGGAAUUUAGAAAUAUAUCAACAGAGAAAUGUCAUGCAGAGAUGGAGACUUUGUAAUGUGCAUAAUACCAUCACCCAGAUGUGAUAAGAUCUCAUUGAUAUUUGGUUAAAAUGCUAAAAUGAAAAGAAUAAAGGUCUUUUCAUGAUGUUCAUUUUGCAGGCCAUUAUAUGUAGAAUAAAAUAAAAUAUACCUUAUAAUAAGAUAUCAAAAUAAUAAAAAUCCUCAGUCUGUAAAUCACUGAGGUAAAUGCAUUUUAUAAACACAUAGGUUUUGUUAUAUAUCUGUGUUCAAAUUGAGAAUUGUAAAUGUUAACCCCAUGCUGAAAAUGUAAGGUUCACUUUUGUUUUCUUUUAUGAGAUGUCUCGAUAUGUAGAUAUUUCCGCAAGUGCUUAGCCACCAAGAAUUCAUCUAACAGUUUUCAUGAACUUGCCUGAUUUCCUCUUUACCUGAGUUUUUAGAAAAAGCGUUUUUUUCACUAGUGCUAUAAAUAUUGAUGCUGUUAUAUUUUUUUUAUAGACAUUAUAAUUAUUAUAAUGUUAUUAAUUUUACUAAUAGCAAUAUAAGGCUAAAGAGAAUAUUUCCAAAACUCGAGGAAAAAGAUAAACAGGUGUAGUGCUAGUAAUUGAUUCCUUUGUGACUAAGUGAAGCCAUCUGUGUGACUUUAGAGCUAUCUGUGUGUAAGGACAGUUAAUGAACUAAACUCACAGUGGGCAUGGCAUGUCUGUACAUGAUAUCCCCAGUAGGAUCUGGUUGAUCAUGCCAUGAGUACCAUGUAAACAAAAAGUUGUGUGCUCACAUAGUGCUAUAUGCCUUAAUUCAAGCUUCAUUGCGAUCAGAUGUAAUUGAAAUGCUUUAAGCUUUUGGUUCUCACUAAUUAUGAAAGAGCAAACAAUAAAUUUGAUAAACAGCAUUAGCAAUUGACAUUGUUUUAGAGUCUCUUUCUCUAUUAACCCCUAAAAGGACACGAAUUCAGAGUUUCCUAUCUGUACAGGAUGGGAAACAACUAAGAUUCAGAGUCUGUAAGUAGAAAUUAACUGAUAAAAGGUCUUUUGCCUUGUAUACCACAUGGUCUUUGAUAUGAAAGUGCCAUGUAGUCUGCUCCCACAGGAUGGAAUAAUUAGUAAGAUUGCAAUAAACAUGGAAAACACAGCAGUGGAACAACUUUUGCAUCUUUUGGUGUUUAUGACAGCCAUUUCUAAUUAAAUGGUGGUUCUGUGUUGUCCUUUAGGGUUGAAAAUCAGAGAAAAAAAAUAUUUCUUUUUUUUUGUCCGUGUUCAUUGUCUUGGGAGAUAGAUUAUGAUUGCCAAAAUAGAUCUGUAUACUUUGCAAGGUACAAUAAAAUUAUUAUAUAAAUAUUGUUUUUAUUCUUAUUAUUUUGACAUUUUCACCAGAAUAUUUCUUGAUCUCUUACUUUACAGAUUAAAGGUAAACCAGAAAUAUUUUGUUUACAUUUCCUGAUGUCUGAGAAAUUAGGUCCUUAAAGGCUUGUAACCAAUAGCUACACUAACUCUCGUUGAAACCAGAAAUUGUUUUAUGUAACCUUGUUUUCUUGUCCCGAAAGGUGAAGGCUGAACAGCAGUGUAUGGAUUUUUUUAUUUGAAAAAUAAGAAUAAAGAAAGCCUUCAGAAAUUAUAUGGACUUAGUGUCUUUUAUCUAAAUCCUUUAAAAUGUAUAAUUUAUGUAAAUACUGCACAUCUGCCAUUAAAUUCUUUUGCAAGUUUGUCACCAUAUUGAUUGCUAUCAAAGGUUCUGCAGAUGAGAGUAUAUAUGGUGAGUUAUUAUUUGUUAUGUACCAUGUUCAGUGUACAACAUGAAUAAUGGUAUUUGCUCCCAUAGAAAUGUCCCAUUCAUAAUAUACAGGAUCUGACUAUUGGAAGAAGUACAAGCAACAAGUCAGCUGAAAACUUAAAGGCCCAAUAAAGAGUAGAAACAUGUGUGUAAAACUUAAUUCAUAACCAUUACUUUUUUCUAUCCCGAGCUGUUCAGUGUGGUUAAGAAAAGGAGGGUGUGGGUGUAGAGACGUUGCAGUAAUGAAAGAAGCAGAGAUGUGAGUGAGAUGGAGUAAUAUUUGAAAAAAUGAUGUUAUUACGGUUUUGAUCUUGCAAAUGAGAAGCGAAUGAGAACAUAUGAUUCCAGACACAAGAAAACUAAACAUAUUAUUAUUAUUAAUAUUCAAGUAUUUUUUUUUUAUGAAAUGUCAUUAAACUUAACAAAAAUGAGUAAUUCCAGAUUCAAGAUAUAUAACAACUGUUUCGUGACAAUGGACAGCAUAAUUCUAAUGACGUAACACCAAAAUGUUCAACAAUAAGUGCAAAAUUAUCUUUAUUUUUAUAUCUUGUCACAGUGAGGUUUGUUUAGAAGAGGAGCAGAUGAAGAAACUGGAGACUUAUUUGCAGAUGCCAAUUAAAAAGAGAAAUUAGCAUAUGUGUGUGAUUAAAUGAAUAUGAAAAGACAUUUCAGUUGUUGAUAUGCAGUGGCUUUUUGUUGGAUGAAUAUUUCAUUAGCUAAAUUUGUCAAGGAGCAGGGACUACUUCUUGGGGAUACUUGCAAAUUUCUGCAUCAUUAUAAUUUUGAAUAUACUUAUAGUGCAUAUCGUGGUAUACCUUGUUGUCAUUGUAAAAAAAUAUAUAUAAGGUGAAUAAGUAUCAUAAUAAUGAUUGUUCUUUAAGUUUAUAACCUUAAAGAACAAUCUUUAGAAAAUGUGUUUUGUAAUAUUUGUAAUAAUAAAGUACAGUAAAAUGCUCUUAGUCAGUAGAGUUAUAGACUUGUUUUAUGGUUUGUAGAAAUAUAUACACUUGGAAAGAUUUACCAUUAAUUUUUUUAUCUACGGUAAAGAUCUAUUUGCUUUAAAGUGGAAUCAUAGUGUCAUAAAACUUUAAAGGAAGGAAAAGAUAGCGAGAAAAAAAAAGAAAGAAAAUAGUGUCUGCAUUGAUAUACAAGUUAUUUUUUUAACAGAUUUAUGUAAGUUAGCUAGUGAUGGUGUUUGUCGCUGAGAUAAAGUAUGGGCCAAAUCUAUUUCUUGUUCAGAGCUCAUGGCACAAAGUUCAUAAUAACUUAUUCUUUCUGAUGGUAUAAUUAAUAAUUUUUCAAAAAAUAAUGUCUUCAACAUUUAUGAGAAACUAGUGCUUUCUGACAACUUGGCUAAUUCUGUGGUUUAGUUUGAACCAGGUAAAUGACCAGUGGAAGCAUUACUGCUUGAAUACAGUAUAUUAAUUAGAAGUUAUAUUUGAUCUCCAAAAUAAUUACCUUUACAAAUAAAAAAAAAAAGUGAAAAUAAAGAAAUAAAUUAAAAUAUCAUGUUGUACUUUCCAUUUGUCUUAUUACCUAUGCAUCACAUAGAAACAUUACUGUACUUUUUAUCAUUUACUGAACCAUUAUUUGUCCAGACGAAAUGACUGCAGGACAAAUUUAUAAACUAAUCAAAACACAAGGCAGUCUGUCUCUAUGUGAUGUCCAUUUGCCUCCACUCCUAAGUUCAGUGCAGCAUUGCUACGGUGUGAACUACCAAUGUCAUCUCUUGCAUCCGAAAUAAGCCAGUGAGUGGGGCUUAGGUAUCAACUCUUAUUGGCGAACUUGGAAGUGGAAGGGAUUAUACCUAUUCUGCUAAAAAAUUAUUUAGCACAUUAUAUUAGGGAAAAUACCCGAAGCUUGUUCCUCUCAAGCCUGUUAUAUUUGAACUGUGUUCAUUGCAACAAUUAUAGAAAAGAUAUGCAUGGGAAUGAAUAUCUUCACAGUGCAGGUGUAUUUGACUGGUCUUUAUUAUCUCUUGCUCUGUGAGGACAUUCACUCCCAUUGUUAUAUUUUCCUGGAAUAUAUGUACUCACAAAUGCCUAAAGUGGGGCUUCUGUGUUCAAGAAAUCAAACAUGUCUUUAUUUAAAAAAAGGAUAUUUAUUUAGGGAUGAUUUAGAACCAUUUUGGAAAAACCCACAAUCCCAUAAAAAUAAGUACAAGUAAGAUCAAUUUUCCAAUAUUACUGAAUCUGUCCAGCAAUUCAAUAAGGAAUA